GGCUUUCUUUGCUCACUUUGAUACACAGUUCAUGGAUAGGUCCAUAGAUGUGCUGAAUAUUGAGUGAUCACAUAUUCCUGCAUCGUUAGAAUUAGAAGCUGUGGUGGAUGGAACUAUGACCUGGAUGUAAGGCAAGUGAAGUUGCUCUGAAGCUGUUUUCUGCGGCUGAGAAGCGGAAACUUCAGCCUCUCCAAAUCUUGAUCGUGUGCAAUGAUUGUGCUGCUGGAGCUGCUUUACAUCACUUUAUUCUCAGUCGUGGACACACAGGAAGUCGCCCCGCUCCAAGUGACCGGAUACGUUGGCCAUGAAGUCGUCCUGCCGUGUCGUGUCACAGGAGACACAGUCGUUCAGAUUCAGUGGACGCUGCAGCAGCCAGAGGGACAGAGUGUUUCCAUCGCAGUUUAUAAUCCAAACCUGGGCAAAAAUAUCUCUGACUCUCCACUGAAGGAUAGAGUGGAGAUCGAGAUACUAUCUUUGAUAAUCAAAGACGUUGAACUGACAGAUGCUGGGCUGUACACGUGCAGCGCUACAAUCUUCCCCAGUGGUUCACUUAUGCAGACUGUCCAGCUUAUUGUUCGAGAAGAGAUGCCAUUACCAUCAGGGACUGUCUUUGCUAUAGUGGCUGCUGUCCUGCUGCUGCUGCUGCUGGGGAUCAUCGCAGCUGGAGCUUACGUCAUAUACAUGAGAAGAGGUGAUUCAUCAGUCGGACGUCGUGGCUUAAUCGACACAGGUGAGAAGGUGACGGGCGUGGCCAGUCCAUGUGAUGUUGAGGGUGUGGUCUACUCUCACGUCAACUACAAGCCAUCCACCAAAGAGACGCCAGCAAACUCUGACAAACAUGCUGCGACCAUGAGCUCCGACGUCACGUAUGCAGAUGUUGUAGUUUUGAAUCUUCAGCCAAAGUGAAAUUUAAAUAAACCCUUUCGAAGCGUCUGUGUGUAAGUAUUUCCAUGAAUCAUCACAGCGACCGUAAAGUCAGCUGUCGCUUGUAAUGUUGCAGUGAGGAGCAGUACAAGCUUUUCUUCCUCCUCCAGUAACCAUUGAGAAAUAAAAAUAUAAGAAGAAAGGAGGAAGUUACAUAAAAUGCAGAACAGCCUUUUGCAAAUUCAUAAACCUCCGUCCGUCGCAAGAGGCAAGUGUUGAGGAAGUCAAUCACGGCAAACCCAGUUUCUGCUGUAAAAUGAAUUUAUUAAUUUAUUUUAUUUAUUUAUUUGCACAAACAUAAUUUAAAAUAUUAUGAUUGGGAUGUCCAAAGGUCAGGUAUGAAACCUGUGAGGGCUUAUAUGAAAACCUCUCCCAUGAAAACGUAAAUCAAAGAAACAUUUGUUGCAAACAAAGACAAAAAAUAAAAAACAAUUAAAUGAUAACAAGAAUAACAACAGAAGAAUAAGAAAGAAGCAGAAGUGAUUAUACAGUAAAUAUAACGAGGGAAAAAGAAAGAAAACAAUAGACUUGAAUGAUUAAGAUAAUAAAGAUAAAUUCAUAAAUGAAAACAAAAAGAAAAAGAUAAACAACGUAACAUAAAUUGCCCAAAAGUGGUUCCAGUGGUUUCCAGUGUCUAGAGUUUUUGUUUUUAUUGUUAAACAAGUCUUUUAAACUAAAUAAAUGCACUUGUUGAUCUGAAGACAACGGAACUCAACUCUAUUAUAUAGCUGAUGUAUCAAGAUAGAAAACUUAGUUGAUUCUCAGGAACUCAUUAUGUUCAUUAUGUACCUUUAUUAUAACAGUCUGUGUUGUUUUGUGUCACACUGUGGUUGUUCCUGCAAAUAUCAGGCUUUUGCAACACAGGGAAGUAUUUUUGUAAGUUCUACUUUUCUGAGCUUUAACGGGAACUUACAAAGAUGAAAAGGAGAAAUUUCAAUUCAAAGGCUUGUAUUUACUCUAUAUAAAGUCUUUAUUUAUACAUAGCAAUGUUAACUUUCAACAAAUGCAGGCACUUGUUUCACCAAACUUUCCCACAAAAUGUGUAAUUCUUUACUCUGUAUCCUGGUGAGUGCUGCUGUCUCCUCACAGCAGUGGAAAUGAGAAUAAGAUAAGGCUCAUGUGCUGGGGUUCACUACACUUUGUUGAUUGUGGAUUAUUCUGUUAAACUGAAAGAAAAAUAUAUAUAUAUAUAUAUAUAUAUAUAUAUCUAUAAAGUAUUUUUGUUUUGAAAAAGAUAUUAAAAGCCAAAAGAAAUACGUUCUAACAAAUACAUGCUGUUUGCUGGAACCAUGUUGUUCUUGCACACAAUCACAAAGUUUGUAUAGUAACAAUAUGUCAAUUAAACACAAAUGUGUAUUAAUGUC